AUCUAUAUAUAGGUACGUGCAAUAUAGGUUGUGACCCCUGAAAAAAGGUCUGCAACACCGGCCUGGCAAUGACCGCGAGCAUGUUUUUCGGCUCUACGCCGUCCCUGGAGAUUGAGCCCAAGUUUGUGUUCGGCCUAAACAGCAACAUUUCGGGGAACUGUCUGUACUGGAAAAACGACGUGAUCGUGUACCCGGCCAUGUCGGUCAUUGUCAUCUACGACGUGAAGACUAACACGCAGAGAUUCAUCAACCUGACCGAAGGACCGCGAAAAGUCAUCACGGCCAUGGACUUGAACAAUAACAACCACGUGUUGGCUGUGGCGACGGUAGACGAGAAAGACGCAGUGGACGGCGGCGGCGGCGGCGGCGGCGCGAGGCCGGUGGUCAGCAUUUACGAUCUGCGCACGCUGGACUUGAAGCACGUGUUCCAGGAGCCGGACUACAACGACGGUGGUGAAGACGGCGAAAAUGAAGACGACGGAUCGCAAAAGACCUACCAGCGGCGGUUCUCUAAAAUUCAGUUUUUGUGGGACAACAUCUUCGUGGCGGCCCUCGUCGUCGGCGGCCAUGGCGGGUCGGACUGCACGUUGUACUAUUACAGCUGGAGAAACUCGACGGUCGAAACGUUCGUGAGGAUCGAUGGCCCCGUAUCCGACAUGGCGUUGAACCCGAUCGACACUGCCAUAUGCUGUUUCGUAGGCAAAGAGUUGUUCCGGUUGAUGACCAAAGCCGAGACGGACUGGCAGCAAUAUGGUUUCCGCGAAGCUGAUGGCAUACACUUUACAUGCGUCUGUUGGUUGUGCGGAGACAGAUGUCUGGCGGGCACCACUGACGGCAACGUCAUUCUGUUCAAGAACGGCGAGCUGCAAGCUUUGUACCGUGUUGAUGCGAUCAGUGAAAUCGACGUGACAACGAUAAUGACAGAGGUCUAUUUGUCUUUGACCACGAAACCCGCUAAUUUAUCGCGAAAAGACGUAAUCCGGAGCUGUUUUACAUUCGAAUCUGGUCUGGUGCUAUUGGUUGGUGACUUUACCAUUUAUCAUUUCAGGAAAACGGACGAAGGACGAAGAUACGAGAAAACCGACGUGUUCAUUAAGGAAGAGUAUCGGUAUUUGCAGCAGGAAGAAGUAAAGGGCGAGUUACCGAUGCAUUACAUAGAGAGCGCGUGCAUUAGCCCCAACGGCAAGAUAUUGACGUUCAUCACGAAACGGCCUCAACUGUAUCAGGCACUUCUAUCUCAGCUGGAUGAAAACGACGACGUAUCGACAACAAUGCUUAGUUUGCCCACCACACCAGGACCACUUGGCGUGGACAUGCACCAUGGCCCCGUGGAGAGCUUAUCGACGAGCUUGUGGAAACCAUUUCUGAUGACAUGUGGCAAGUUGGAUUACACCAUCAAAGUCUGGGACUAUGUGCAGUGCACGUUGCUACUGUCUAAACACUACCCAAAACAGGUGUGCGUCGUUUCAAUGCACCCCACCGGUCUGUAUUCCGUAACAGCGUUUUCGGACCACAUAGCGUUCCAGAUGGUUCAGAUGGACGAUCUGGUGCCGUUGAAAAUCUUCAAAAUCAGGAACUGUACAGCGGUCACGUUCAGCGGGUCCGGUCACAAGUUCGCCGUGGCUAAACCAGGUGCCAUAGAUGUAUACUGUUCGCUAUUGUUCGUUAAAUGUUUUUCGUGCCAUGGUCACUUGGGGCCAAUUGAAAAAUUGGUCUGGUGCAAUCACGACAUGAACAUAGUCGCUUACGACAUCGUUGGUGCCAUAUGCACAUUUGACACAAAAACCGGAAAUGUACUCACCCACAUCGCUCCCUACUCGGGAGCGGCUUAUACAGAUUUGGCAGUUGCACAAGACGUUAAUCAAUUAUUCGUCAUUGCCAAGGACGGCAGUUUGAAAGAAGUCUUCGAUCGAAAGGUCAAACGUGAAGUGAACUUUUAUGGAACACCAUUGAAUGCAAUAUCCAUUUCUAAGUCAGAUUUGAUUUUAUUCAUAGCAUCCGAAAAUGGAGUUAUAUUGACCGUAAUAUUACCUAUGGGAGUUCAAAUCGAAUACAAAGAAUUUAAAAUCCACAGUCAUAGCAUCAAGAAGAUGUGUUUGGGAACAGACGGCUCAGUUUUGGUUUCUUGUUCAGAAGAUUCGAAUAUAUGUGUAUGGGAAGUGAAAAACACAACAAAUAAAACAGGGAAGAUUGAUAUACCACUUGAAUAUACUGAUGACAUAUUAGUCAACUUGUUGCAGUACGAUCAAUUGCAUGAAAAUAUCAAAAAAAUUGAAACAGCGGUGAAUAAAUUGGAGACAGAAAAUACAAUUAAUGUAAAUACAACUAUUAAAGCAAAAGAACAGGAAAUUAAAGAUAUAAACAUAGCAAACACGACACUAUAUUAUGAAACCAUUAAAAAAAAUGAAGAGGAACAAGAAAAACAAAAAAAAUUGAUAAGUAAACUCAAAGUUGAGUUAAACCAAUUAAUUGAAACAAAUGAGCAGACUAUAGUCAAUUUAGAAUCAUAUUAUAAUAAAAAAUUAGUAGAGAAAUACAAAAAAUUUUCAAUUCUUGAAAACAAGGGAUUUGUAUUAACUUCUGGGUUAAAAAAAAAUUUAGAAGCUCGGCAAGAUGCUGUAGAUCAAGAAUUACAGGAGGCAUCAAGUAACUACGAAAAGCAACUUAGAGAAAAAAUUGAAGAAAUACUACAAUCGAAGGAAAAACUAAUUAAUGAAAAAAAUAUCACAAAAAUGUUGGUGGGUGAUACUGAAAACAAUGUAGAUGACAAUAUUUUCAGUAUAAAAAAAAAAAUCAGUGAUAAGCUGAAUAAUAUGAAUGACUUAUAUUCAAAAACUAUGAGUACCUUAGCGGAGGAAAAGAUUAAAUAUAAUUUGCAUACUAUAACUAUCGAGGAACUAAGGCAAUCAGCGGCACUCCUCGAAAAUGAUAUGGAAGAAUUAAAGCUGGCGGCUACUAAAAAAAAACAUAGAAUUUCUGUUUUGACACGGUUACUGAAACAAUCCAAAGAUAUUAUACCGCAAAAAGAUUCCCAGAUUCUAGAUGUUAAGCAACAAAUGUCACUAUUUGUAAAAGAUUUAAAUAUGCUCAAGGAAGAUAUUAUUGAAUUAGAACAAACCACCGAGCCAUUAGAGUUAGAAAUACAAAAUAUGAAAAAUUCUAAUGAUCAAAUAGAUAUUAAACUCGAAGAAGAUAUUAAUUCUUUGAAGCGUUUAAAUAUACUUUUGGAAGAUUUAAUAAAAAGGAGAUAUGACACCAAAGUCGAAUUAAAAAAAAAAAGACUAAGUUUUGAUAAUAUGACAAAAAAUAUCAAACAAAUGGAAAUUGACAUACGUGCGGCUUCUCAGUAUUUUCAUAAUGCAUCUGAAAACAAAAGAUUACUAACGGAUUUUUACAAUAAAAACAUAGGAGACACUGCGAUUAGUGAGAUCAAAGAAAAGGAAAUAAAAGGGAGGGAAGAGUUUUUAAAGCAGGAUGAUUUUUUGAAACAUCGUAUUAGUAGUCUGAAAGAUGAGUUGAACGCAUCUGGCAAGAAAAACGAAUUUUAUUAUUCAACAAUGGAAGAAAACACGAAACUUAUGAACGAAAUUAAUAUGCUACGGAAGGAGGCUAAUUUCUAUUUAAACAAGUACACCAAUUUCAAAUAUUUAUCAACAAUGAAACGUGUGGAUGAGUUAAAAAAAAAAAAAAAGAAA